AUUUUUAAUGAAUUUCGUAUAAAAUAGUGCUUCACAAUUAUACCGCGAUGGUGGUUUGAAGGAUUUCGAGUCUCAUUGUGUUUUAUUUUCAUAUUUUGUUGAAAGAAAUGUUUAUCGCAAAUCAUUAGAAGAAGAUAUUUCAAAAGGAUACUAUCUUUAUCUACAUCAUAAGGGGAAAAAAUAAUGCACAAAUCAAACGAACGAUAACGUAGCUAGACUAAACACAAGAAAUUUUUAUUCGCAAUGAAUUUUCCAAUGCUCUUACUCAUACAAGUGAUACACGCGUUUAUACUUUGCCUGAACACGAAUUACUCGAAUGCAAAGUCAGGUAAGGAAACCUGGCGAGUGUUUUCAGAUCAAAACGCAGUAAGGUUCGAUCACUUGGCAGUAGAUGAAUAUGAAAGAUGGGUAUAUAUAGGCGCGGCAAACCGUAUUUAUCAACUAUCAACAGAUCUCGAGCUGCAAAUUAAUUACACUAUAUCAGAACUCCGUCCUUCAGAUUGUACUGCUGCUAAUUGUUCACAUAAACUGAAACGAAAUAUAACAAAGUUUGACUGGAACCAUGUGCUGGAAUUGGACAAUCAGAAUCAGCAACUGAUAUCGUGCGGUAUUUUUUUCUUGGGAAUCUGCCAUGCUCACGAUAUCAGUAAUAUUUCGAAAAUCUGGAGAACAUGGUUUGAACCUAUUGUAGAAAGCGAAUUUUCGAAUCCGGCUGUAGCCUUCAUUGGUCCCAGUUUAACAAAGAAUUCAUCAACACCACUACAAACACUGUAUGCUAGUUUCACUCCUAUCACUGACGAAUUUCAAGUUAGGGCACAGCAAAAAUAUUUUUCUUUGGUUAUUACACAAAAUAGUACUUCCUAUUUUACGAGAAAUGAGUGUCCCAAUUCACACUAUGAUGAAUCAGUGUAUGGUUUCAGUUCCGAAAAUGUGGGCUAUUUUAUCGCCUCCAACACUAAUCGGGGGCGUACGGUAAAUGGGUAUCUAAUUGUGAUAGAUACUAAUAAAAACAAUUCGUGCAAUAGAGUUCCUAUACUUUGCAGUUCAGGUCCAGAUGUGAAUCUAGCAGACACGAUCCAAUAUGCCUAUAUCCAAAAGCGAAAUCCAGAUUCUGGUUUAAAAACAGAUAUUCUGUACACGCUACAAAAAGACUACCCCUAUGCGGAUGAAAGGAUAGAAACUGUCUCAGUAUGUAGACAUCGAAUGAAUAAUUUGCAUUCUCAGAUUCAAAAGGAUGAACCGCUGAUCGGAGAGCUGAUAUUUUUGCGUACACCUAGUGAAGUAAUUGUGACCGCAAUGGUAGUUACCUCGAUCUACAAUUACACAAUCUUGUUUCUUGGUACCAGUGACGGUCAGCUACAGAAAAUAUCAAUAAAAGGAUUUGAUUCGCCCGAUCGGAGUACUGCAAGUAAAUAUGAAGACGUAACCAUUGAUGCGGGGAGUUGGGUACAUUGGGAUAUGCUGAUUGAUUCUACAACGAACUUUUUAUAUGUCAUGACUGGAAAGAAGCUCACCAAAGUGAAAAUACAUAAUUGCGAUGAAUAUAACACAUCACAAGCAUGUUUGGUGAUGAAAGAUCCUUAUUGUGGGUGGUGUUUUCCAAGUAAUAAAUGUUGUUUGAAAUCAGAGUGUGAUGUUGAACAAAAUCCCAUCAACUGGAUCUCGCAUGACAUCAAUAAAUAUAUAGACGCAUCUUCAAGUAUUGCAGACAAAUUCUCAAGAACAGCGGAAUCGAAUGUGAGCUUCAAAUUAAUACCUUCGCAUCCGUUCAUCAACCAUACAAUAAUGUGUUUAUUCGAAUUCAGCAAUUUUUCUAUCAAUACAACAACCAUAUGCAAUAAAAAUAGCAUUAACUGCGUAACACCCACUCCUAAUCAUUUACCUCCAACACCGAUCUAUAAUCAUUCCAUAGGAGCUCAACUAUCAGUUCAAACCAACCAUUUCCCACCAUUUCAAAAAAUGCAAAUUCAUUUUUUUGAUUGUACAACAUACAAAUCGUGUAAAUCGUGUAUAACUUCUCCUUAUCCAUGUCACUGGUAUGCAGAUGAAUUUAGGUGCACAGAUAAUGCAAUUUGGAAAACAAAUGAUAUAGUAAUCGGUAUAAACUUUAGCAGCACCAACUUCACUCAACAGAAUCGUGAAUCGUUUAACGAUGGAAAUAAAUACUCAAAAAACGCGAUGUUUUGUCCACAGUUUUUCUUCAAAAAUAAAUCAGACAUUUACAUACCUGCCCAUACAGAACAGAGGAAACAAAUACAAGCGUAUCAUAGGAUACCAGAGAAUUUACAGAUUGCUCGUAGAAGAUAUACCUGCAAAUUUGUAUUUGACUCUAACCACAUAAAAUUUGUGGACGUUUACCACAAAACAGCUUUUUCAGCAAAUGGUAUGAUUGAGGGAGAAUUCGAAUGUAAUGAUGAGAUAUUUUCCUACGCUGAAUCAAAACCUUUCAUAACAGUCGAAUGGUCAGUUUUAUUGAACGGAUUACCACUUGACAACACAUACAACACACGUAUUGUCGUGUAUAAAUGCGCCCAUAUGAGUGAUCAAUGCACAGCAUGUCUGAAUAAGAACUACUCGUGCAUGUGGAAUUCAGAAACUGGAGAAUGCAAAUACUAUAGCUUAGAUGAUACUUCCAACAUUAUUGAUCCGUGGUUUCGUGAUAUACAGAAAUGUUCAAAUUCAACAAUCCUGCGAAAAAACCAAUCAACAAAUUGGCUAACAGAAAACAUCAAUUUAAUAAUAAGCCUAAUAGUGGCAGUAACAUUUACUGUAGUCGCCGUAUCCGUUAUUUAUUCUAGAAGAUCUGCAGCACGAUCGCGAAAAAUGCAACGACAAAUAAAUAAAAUGGGUAUGGAAAUGAUAUCUAUGUCGCAAUGCGUAAAACGCGUCGUGAUCGAAAACGAAAUCGAGCUGGACAAAAAUGCAUCAACCAUAUUGAAAAUACCAAACGUCACCAUCGUAUACGAAUCUUAUCCAAUAGCAGAUACAGAUGAAGUGGCACCGACGCCAAGGAGUGAAUAUGGAGGACCGAGGAGUGAAUAUGAAGGACCGAGGAGUGAAUAUGAAUUACCAUUGGAUGAAAAGUGGGAAAUUCCUCGAGGAAACGUUGUUCUGGGGGACUUCCUAGGAGAAGGGGAGUUCGGAAGAGUUGUCACAGGAAAUGUUUCAGGCCUCUUACAGCCACACGUCGUCACAACAGCAGCAGUAAAAAUGUUGAAAACCACCCACAAGGACACAGACAUGGUUAGCUUAGUAACCGAAAUGGAACUGUUGAAACUAAUCGGCAGACAUGACAACGUACUUAGUCUACUCGGAUGUUGCACACAAAAUGGGCCAUUGCUCGUCAUCAUCGAAUACUCUCCUCAUGGAAAUUUACUCGACUUCCUCAGAAACCACCACCAACCUUCAAAAGCCAGCGUAAAUGACUUGUCUGAAAAAGUUCUGCUCACAUUUGCUCUACAAGUAGCCACAGGCAUGGAAUACUUGGCUUCUAUAAAACUAAUUCACCGAGACCUCGCUGCUCGAAAUAUCCUGAUAUUUGACGAUUAUGUGCUGAAAAUAGCUGAUUUUGGAUUAGCCAAAGAUAUUCGAAAUUCUGACUACUAUAAACAAAAGUCCAAAGGCAGAUUUCCAGUAAAAUGGAUAGCACCUGAAACCAUAACGCAUCGACGUCAUUCAACAAAAUCUGAUGUAUGGUCGUACGGCAUAUUACUUUGGGAGAUAGUGACUUUUGGCGAAGUUCCUUAUGCUACGUACGACGACGCAAAAAAACUACUAAAAGACAUUCGAUCAGGAUACCGUAUGAAAAAACCAGAAGGCUGUUCGAUGGACACGUACUGCCUAAUGCUUAAAUGCUGGAACCAUUUGCCAGAAAAUCGACCAGACUUUACAAGAAUAAUUCAUGAUUUAGAAGUCAUGCUAAAAAAGAUAGAUCCAGUAAUCGAAGAAUCGGAUUCGGAUUGCUCAAGCAUUAGCUCAAUGUCUAGCCACAGCCACAAGGCAAAUGAAAGCAAUAGUUUACUGUCAGACACUUCUUGAAAAUAUAGAAAACAGACGUUUUUUUUUUGUAAACGAACCUAGACUAAAUUCGAUUCAACCAAAUGUACAUAAUACGUAUUUGUAACUUUAAUACGUGGCAUACAAACCUUACCUAUUGCAACUAAGCUGAUUAGCUGAAGGUAUUAAAUACUUAAGUAUAUUCAAUAAUUGUUCAUACAC